UCAAUGGCUCUACUACCAGUGCUGCUGUUUCUGGUUACCACACUGCUUCUAUCUUUACCCACUGAAGGAAAGGAUCCAGCUUUUACUGCUUUAUUAACCACCCAAUCACAAGUGCAAAGAGAUAUCGUAGCUAAACACAAUGAACUCAGGAGAGCAGUGUCUCCACCUGCCAGCAACAUGCUAAAGAUGGAAUGGAACGCAGAAGCAGCAACAAAUGCUCAAAAGUGGGCAAAUAAGUGCACUUUAGAACACAGCAAUCCGGAGGAACGAAAAACCACUACAAAAUGUGGUGAGAAUCUCUAUAUGUCCAGUGACCCUACUACUUGGUCAAGUGCAAUCCAAAAUUGGUAUGAUGAAAGCCAAGAUUUUGAGUAUGGUGUAGGACAAAAAUAUCCCAAUAGAGCUGUUGGACAUUAUACCCAGCUUGUGUGGUACUCGUCUUUCCGCGUUGGAUGUGGAAUUGCCUACUGCCCCAAUCAGGAGUCCCUAAAAUACUACUAUGUUUGUCAUUAUUGUCCUGCGGGUAAUAAUUUGUCUAAAAAGAAUACCCCUUACCAGCAAGGAACACCUUGUGCCAGUUGUCCUGAUAACUGUGACAAAGGACUAUGCACCAAUAGCUGCCAGUAUGAAGAUCUCCUUAGUAACUGUGCUUCUUUGAAGAGCUCAGCUGGCUGUGAACAUGAAUUGCUCAAGGAAAAGUGCAAAGCUUCCUGCCUAUGUGAAAACAAAAUUUACUAA